AGCAUCGGCGAGAGAACUUUCGGUCCUUAACCCCUUUGCUCAUAGUGUCAAACAUGGGCUUCCAUGAAGACUCACUGGUAGAUGCAAUAUGUGAAAUUUAUUUCGACAUCUCGAGCUUAGAGUCUCUGAAGCCCUCAACAGAUGUCAAUCUUCUGUUCACGAAGCUGGUAUUGACAUGCAUUCCUCCUUGUUUCAUUGACAUCGACAAACUGAGCAAAGGGGUGCAGGAAAUACGAGCAGAGCUCAUCAAGCUCUGUGGAGAAGCAGAAGGCCACCUAGAGAGCCAUUACUCUGAUAUCUUAGCUUCUUACAUAGAGCCCCUAGAGAACUUAACCAUCUUCCCUUACUACUCUAACUAUCUCAAGCUUGGCCUUUUGGAGUUCCAGAUUCUGUGCCGACACAUCACCAGCGUCCCAAACUCCAUUGCCUUUGUGGGUUCUGGCCCGUUGCCCCUCACCUCAAUUGUGUUGGCUCUGAAUCACUUCACCACCACCGAAUUCCACAACUAUGAUAUCAACCCUGAGGCCAAUCUGCAAGCGAGUCGGCUUGUAUCUAACCACCCUGACCUGUCGAAACGGAUGUUCUUCCAUACCGCAGAUGUCUUGGAGACAGACAACUGCCUGAGAGACUAUGACGUUGUUUUCUUGGCAGCUCUAGUUGGCAUGGAUAAAGAAGAGAAGAUGAAGGUUGUGAGCCACUUGGCCAAGCACAUGGCCCCCGGCUCCAUCCUCAUGCUUCGAAGUGCUCAUGGUGCUCGAGCCUUUCUGUACCCUGUGGUGGAUCCAGGAGAGCUCCAUGGCUUCGAGGUUCUCUCGGUCUAUCAUCCAACUGAUGAAGUCAUAAACUCUGUAAUCAUCGCGAGGAGAACCCAUGCCGCCAUGGUACUCAACGCAGAGAAGGCAGCAGGCGCUAUCGGCCGGCGUACGAUUCUUCCCUGCAAGUGCUCGGAGGUUGAAGCUUUCAAUCCGCUCAUGCAUAACUGUAUGGUGGAGGAAGUUGCAGUCGAGGAUCGACUUUCUUGAUGCUCUUUCCAGCGGGGAUCACUAUGCAUGGAAAAGUUUCACUGGUUAAAUAAAAGGUCGAUAUAUAUAUAUAUAUAUAUAUAUAUAUAUAACAUAUGUGUGUGUUUGUUCACUUCUUCCGUUUAGCUAAUGUUGGUAAGCUUUUCCUUACUUUUUUUUCAUAUGAAUCCACUGAACUAGAAGGGAAAUUUGAUGUUUUCUGGGCGAAAGAAGUGGAGGCUUUUCCAGCAUGGAACUGCGCCUGCAAACUUCUUUUCAGCGGUUGAGUAAACAGUUGCUUAAUGUGUAAUUUGUCUAUUUAUAUAAUGAUAGUAACAGUUUGCAUA